AUGCGGUCCAUACUCUUUUCCACCCUCUAUCUGGUGCUUUCAAGCACGUUGAGCACCGCCUCCACCUGCUCCAACUUGACAGUCAGUGGAGAGCGUUUCCCGAGUCUCAUAGAUGUCUCCGCCGAAGAUCUGGCGGCUGGCCUUGAAGGCGGCCUGUUCACGAGCGUGGACUUGGUGAACGCAUAUAUUGCUCGGAUAUCUGAGGUCAACGACGCUUUGGACGUGGUCACAGAGGUGAACCCCGACGCUCUAGCAAUUGCUCGACAACUGGAUGCCGAAAGAGCCAACGGAACCGUCCGAGGGCCUUUACAUGGCAUACCCAUCCUCAUCAAGAACAACAUCGCCACCAAUGACAAGAUGAAUAAUACAGCUGGGUCAUACGCGCUCCUUGGCGCCAGGGUUCCUCGAGACUCGGCCAUGGCAGCGAAGCUUCGUGCAGCCGGCGUGGUCAUCCUUGGAAAAUUGAACUUGAGUCAGUGGGCCAACUUCAGGUCGACAAACUCGAGCAAUGGGUGGUCUGCAUACGGCGGCCAGGUACUCGCAGCGUACCACCCGAUGCAGGAUCCAAGCGGCAGCUCCAGCGGUAGCGGAGUCGCCUCUGAUCUCGGGCUUGCGCUGGCAUCUCUAGGCACUGAGACGUCUGGCUCCAUCCUCUCCCCAUCCAACAGGAACAAUGUUGUUGGCAUAAAGCCAACUGUCGGCCUGACAUCUCGGAACCUCGUCAUUCCAAUCAGUGAGCGUCAAGACACUGUUGGUCCAAUGGCUCGCUCGGUCAAGGAUGCCGCCUACGUGCUCCAAGCUAUUGCGGGCGUGGACCCGAAUGACAACUACACCCUAGCCAUCCCGAACAACGGCAGCAUCCCAGAUUACGUUGCAGCGUGCAACUUCUCCUCGCUGCGCGGCGCUCGUAUUGGGAUCCCCGCCAAUGUCAUCGAGCUGUUCACGGAAGGGACAACCCGCUGGGCCCCCGAGCUAGACGCGUUCUACGCCUCCGUUGAUAUCCUGCGCAAUGCUGGCGCGACAAUCAUCGAAGAUGCCAAUUACACUGCGUUUGCAGAAUACCUGAAUUCCACCACCGGCAUCGAAAUUCUCAAUGGCGAUUUUCUUGUCAACUUGGCACAGUACUUCGCCAGCCUGACCUACAACCCCUACAACAUCACCAACCUAGCCGAACUGAACAACUGGACGAAAGCCUUCCCGCUAGAAGAAUGGCCGGACCGUAAUACCGAGAUCUUCGAUGACGCGCUCGCGCAAGGCUGGAACAACACUACGCCGGAGUUCUGGGCGGCGUAUCAGCAGAACUUGUAUUUCGGCGGCGAGGGCGGUGUCCUUGGCGCGCUCGAGCGCGACGACCUUGAUGCUGUUGUGUUGCCGACGAGCUUCUCUGCAGGCAUCCCAGCUCUGGUUGGGAGUCCGGUCAUCACGGUGCCGAUGGGUUUCUACCCAGCGAACACGACGGUGAGGCGGACGGCGAGGAACUUGGUGUCUAUUGGACCGAACGUGCCGUUCGGCUUCAGCUUCCUGGGUCGCAAGUUCAGUGAGGCUUCGCUUAUCGGUUAUGCGUACGCGUACGAACAGAGGACGAAGGCUCGAAACGACGUUCGGCCGUACAUCCUCCCUACCACCGAGCUAUCAAACGUUGUAGGAGCUUGA